CUCAGUUAUGGUUCAUUUAGCUUCACUAAUAAUCGACAACACCAAAAUUAACUUCAAUAACAUUAAAAAAACUCAAAUUAUUCACCCCAUGGGCCGUGGUAUGAUUGGUAUCUAUGGGCUUCCCUCCACCAAUAUAAGUGAAGUUGUCACAUUGGUGAUUGGUCGGUUUAAAACGCAAACUUUUUACUUUUGCACCAUGCUAACCUCACCAUGUCUCCAUAAUCAAUUGAGAAAUAAACACCAAAAAACAAAAAAAAAACAAAUCAAUUGAGAAAUUCCCCUUCCUUUUUAACGCAAACUCCCAAUCAAAUAUUCUAUUCAGCCCACAGUUUUCCCCCCAAAUAUAUUCUCUAACUUAAUCAUAAUAAACUCAUAAAUACCAUCAUGAAUCAUGCAUAAAUGAAGGCAUAUUCACAUCUCUUCCUUAUUUUGUAAGAAUAUUUCAAUUCUACGCUUCUAUUUAUUCAAGAAGUACUUCCCAAAUUCCCAAAUCAGCUUGAAUUUUUUGUAAAAUAGCCCAAAAAAAAUGCAGUCACUUCAGCAGAAGGCUUCCGAGUACAGUGGAAUUAAUACUGAUGAUGCUUUUGGAAUUGAUGACACCAAUCUUUUCGAAAAAUUGGGCCUUCAAACUUUCAUUGAUCUUUCCACCAAUUUCUAUACCAGGGUUUAUGAUGAUGAGGAAGAAUGGUUUAGGUCGAUAUUUGCAAAUUCGAAGAAAGAGGAUGCAAUUCAGAAUCAAUAUGAGUUCUUUGUUCAGAGAAUGGGUGGCCCACCUCUGUUUUCUCAGAGAAGAGGUCAUCCUGCUCUGAUUGCACGUCACAGGCCAUUUUCAGUGACUCACCAAGCCGCUGAAAGGUGGCUGCAUCAUAUGCAACAAGCCCUGGACAAUACUCCGGACAUUGAUUCUGAUUCGAAAACUAAGAUGAUGAACUUCUUCAGGCACACAGCUUUUUUUCUCGUUGCAGGAGAUGAGUUGAAAUCUCGAAACCAGCCAGUUGCAUGCAAGCAUGCAGCUAAUAAACCUUCUGAAGAAUGACAUCCUGAGGAAAUCAUUCGCUCGAUUAAUAUUUAAUGCGAACAUUCAUUACGAACAGUUACUUGAGCUGCUUAUUGAUCAAAAGGGGCAAAAGCCUUGUAGUAAUAGGAAUUAGGAAAGCAUGGAGUUUUUCAGCAUUAUACUCUCAUUUGUCUUAAAACAGAUGAAAUUCACAAAAUCUAAAGAAGGUGUGGUGAUUGGUCUUCCUAUGGAAUUUGUAAUAAUUUUUUACUAGAAAUUUAUCAUAUCUAAUUUCUAAUACUAAUGAAGUAUGUGCUUUUGAAAGCAGUA